AUGGCGCCCAUCAUCAUUAUUGGAGCAGGCCUUGUGGGCUUGACUUUAGCACAGGCAUUGAAAAAGGCUGGAUUUGAGUUUGAAAUCUACGAUAGGGAUAACAGUCUCGAAGAGCGCCCGGCUGGAUGGGGAAUUACCAUGCACUGGGCACUUCCUGCGCUUGAAUCUUGCCUCCCUGCACACGUCUUCAGUCGACUCUUGUCCAUUCAAGUGGAUCCCGCCGAGGGUGGAAAAGAGAAUGACUGCUAUCGCUUUUUGGACCUUGAAACAGGUCAAGACAAAUACCGUUUCCCCUCAUCGACUCACUACCGACUUAACCGAAAGGCAUUUCGUCAACUUCUUAGCACUGGGCUUGACAUCAACUGGGGAAAGCGAUUCACAGGAUUCAAUCCUACCGAAGACGGUGUGCUGGUCAAGUUUGAUGAUGGCUCCACGGUAGAGGGCUCCAUGCUUCUUGCUGUGGAUGGCAAGAAUAGUCGCACGAAACGGUUACUCAUAGGUGACGAAAAGGCCAAGCUGAAUCCGCUCCCUGUUGCUUUUGUGGGAAUUAGUCUACGCUUGUCACCUGAGAAGAUGAAGCCGUUUCGAGAUAUACAUCCAGUACUUUGGCAAGGGACGCACCCAGGCUCCGGGUACUAUCUCUUUUUCUCAAUGUUGUCAACACCGCAGAGCAAUGGAAGUGCCGGAACAGAUGACGAGUUUUAUGAGGGCCAAUUCAAUAUGAGCUGGCUUAUCGACCGAAAUGGGCCAUUACCAAAGUCGCCGGCAGACCAGCUGGCUCGCGUCAAGCAGGCAGCUGCGAGUAAUACUGGUUUCUUCCCCAGCCUACGCCAAGCUAUCAUGGACAUACCAGACAAUAGUCCCAUGCUUGAGAUUAAGUUGGAAGACUGGCCCACCGAGAACUGGCCUUCAAUUGAAGGAAGAGUGUCACUGGUUGGCGACGCCGCUCAUACAAUGACAAUGUAUCGAGGCGAAGCUGCUAAUCAUGGUAUCUGUGAUGCUGCACGUUUGAGAGAUGAACUGGUGCUUUGGAGAGACGGCAAGCAAUCUAAAGAUCGAGCACUGGAUAAGUACCAAAUGGAAGUCAAGAGUCGCACUCACGACGCAGUCAUAAUGAGUCGCUAUGCUUGUCUUGACUGUCAUGAUCUUAACUCCCUCAAAGUGGACAGUCCGGUUUUCCAGGUGGUCGGGUUCAAUGCACUAGCGAAGCAAGCAAGGGCAUAUAUUUGA